AUGUCAAUUCAACUACAAUAAUAAAUAAAAAAUAAUGCUUUGGAAAUCAAAGAUUAUAUUCAUGAUUUAUAUGAUUGGGAAGAAUAAAUGAAUACAUCUUAAAAGCCAUAGAAAAAAUAAAAUUUAUAAAUAGAUCCUAAUUCAGUACCUAUUCGAGGUAAAGUUGAAUAAGAGAAACAAUCAGAAAUUUUAAAGAAAUAAUUGAAAAGAGAUACAAAUUCAGUAUAAAAUUAUUAUGAUGCUUGGAAUAAAGUGGAUGUAGAUAAAUUGUUAGAAGAAACUGAUGAACCUAUAGUGAUGGAUGUUUACAAAAAACCUUAAUAAACAAAUAUUAAUAAUAAAAUAGUAGUGAAAGGUGGUAGAAAUGUAAUUAAAUCACAAGUGAUUUUAAAUAAAGAAUAGGCAAAUGAAUUAUUUAAGUAAUAAGAAUUUUAAAAGGCCAUUGAAAAAUAUACAGAGUGUAUUUAAGAAUUAAAUUAGAAAUAGUCUUUAAAUGAAGAAGAAUUAGAAUAACUAGUAAUAAUAUAUUCAAAUAGAGCUUAAUGUUAAUUAAAAUUACUUGAUUAUAGUUAAGCUUUAUUAGAUUGUAAUAAAGCAUUAAAUUUAAAUAGCAAUCAUUAAAAAUCAUUACUUAGAAGAUCAACAGUACUUUAAGAAUUAGGAAAAUGGAAAGAAGCUUUAAAAGAUAGUGAAAAACUUGUUUUGUUAGGAGAUUAAGAUGCAAAAUAAAUAGUAUUAAAACUUUAGAAGAAAAUAUAGAUGAAAAAAGAAAAUGCAAGAAAUUAAUUAAAAUAAGUGAAAGUAAUUAUAUUGUAUUAAAUUAGAAUUUCAUGAAUGAUCCUGUGACUAUCUAAGUUGUUGAUUAAGAGAAAGAAGAAAUUAAGGUAGAGUUUAGAUCGAAUUAUUUAAAUGAAAUAGAUGAUUGAUAU